AUGGCACCCCCGAUCCCCACAACAACAACUCGUGGUCGUCGUGAAUCCGCACCGGAUUGGGUCUUGACGAACUACGACGUUGACACUUCCGUUCCCCCGGACGUCGAGACGGAACUCCGGCGAUUGCGCGUCCUCCAAUCCUACGAUAUUCUCGAUCGCGAGUGGGAUACAGCCUACGAUCGUUUGGCACAAAUCGCGGCACGAGCCUUGCAAACCCCCACGGCCUUGGUCGGUGUGGUCGAUCUCGGUCGGUACUGGCGUGUGGCCCUGCACAACUGCAACAGCAACAUUCACCAUAGUAACAAUCAUCAUCACCGUGAUGCUCCACGGGAACUGCCACGAAAGCAGGCCAUAGCGUCACACGUGAUACUCCAACGUCAGGGAUACUUGGUAGUCAUGAAUGUCGGGAAGGAUUCGCGUUUUGUCGAUCAUCCCGCCGUCCGCAACGGCACUUUCCAAUUCUACGCCGGAGUCGUACUCCGCUCGCCGGAAGGGUACCCUCUCGGUGUGCUCGCAGUUACCGACACGCAACCCCGAUUGCACGGCGUCUCCCACGAACAAUUGCAAACCCUGCGAGAUUUGGCGGACGCCCUUGUCGAUUUGAUGCACACGCGGCGGCGACCGAAAGGAGAUACGGGGCCUGCCGCCAUCACCCGUCCUACGGCUCCUGCUUCGACUACUACUACGACUCCUCCGUCCAAUCCACCAUCCCCCACCAACCACACCAACACCAAGGAUACCAACAACAGCUCAUCCUGGGGAGUGCAACGGUCCGCACGCUUUUUGCGACAGUACUUGGCCAAACUCAAUGACGACUCGACGCUCGAAAACGUCCUCACCAAGGACCAACGCGAACUACUCCGCUCAUCCUACGAUGCCGCCGCCUUUCUCCACGGCUCCCUCUUACCUCCCGAACAACGACAAGAGCUAGUCCGAGAAAAUCGUCCCGAUCAAGUCACCAGCGUACAGAUCGCUAGUCUGGUACAGAGUGUCGAACUCGCCAUGGAUGCCUUUCCCAAGACCGUGCCCGUCCGCUACCAAAUCGACGACGAACAAAUUCCACCCUUCGUCCUUCUCGUCGAACUGAAAAUAUUUCGAUCCUGCAUCGCCCUCUUGACGAGUGCCUGUGAACGCACCCGCCAGGGCGUCGUCUGCUUGCGGGUCUUUGUCCAACAACGCACCGUCACGCAGAAAGAACUCGUCUUUGAGUGCGAAGAUACCGGACCCGAUGUGGAACUGGAACAGUACGACGAUUUAUUCGACGCUCCCCUGGACCAUACCGCCGACGUUGGUGAAGAAGACUGUAUCCGGGCAGAUCCCCAUACGGGAAAAAUUCGCAAGGCACUCCGGUGCGCCACCGUCCCCAACAGUCGCAGGGGACAUGGCGUACACGCUCUGGCCGACUUUAUUGGUUCCAUCGAGGGCGGUGACUAUGGAUUCAGGCCCCGAGAAACCGAAGACUUUGAACCACAUGGCACUGGAACGGGGUCCGUCUUUUGGUUCAGUAUCGCCUUGCACACCCCACCAGCGACACGACACGGUACGGACGCAGUUGUGCCGCGACGACCCCAGCCUUGGAUCAUCUCCAGUGCACGGGGGCAUGGAUCCUUGGCAAAAUAGUAGAUUUUCCUAUAGUUGCUACCUAGGUAUUUAACAUGUAAGUAUUCCGGCUGGUCUUGUCGUCUGCAGUGGACUUAUUCGUCAUUUCAUACCGUCACAGUCGCGUGCUCGGUAACAAAGCAGCUUGGUGUUUCAGAGCCCGUAGCAAUGUUGCGUGCCGAUGCUUUUCUCCAAUGUGGGCUUCGAUGCGUUGACGAAGCUGGCGAAGUGACAACGGGCGAGACCCGAUCGCUGCUCUACUUCCCUCUUCCAGAUUGAGCAGAGUCCCAAAGAAGUCGGUC